CAUUUAUCACAAAGCCCACACCAUCACCAUUUAUCACAAACCCCACACCAUCACACAUUCACACCCCUCACUAACUAACGCUUAACGCUUUGCAUUUCCUUCACCCUCUUUAAUUACUGCCUAUAUAUGCACACACACAUAAAAAUAAAAAUAAAAAUACAGAUUCAAGAGGAAAAAAUAGAGAGAGAUUUAAUUUAUAAAUAAAUUGAGGAAUGGCAAAAUCAGCAGAAGAUCAAGAGCACCCACUUAAAGCUUUUGGCUUUGCUGCUACUGAUUCGUCUGGUUUACUCUCUCCUUUCCAUUUUUCUAGGAGGGAAACUGGUCCUGAAGAUGUAAAUGUUCAAAUCCUAUUCUGCGGAGUAUGCCAUUCUGACUUGCACUCUGUGAAGAAUGAUUGGGGUUUCAGCAGAUAUCCCAUGGUUCCUGGGCAUGAAAUUGUGGGCAUCGUAACAAAAGUUGGGAAUAAUGUGAAGAAAUUCAAAGUUGGAGAACAUGUGGGUGUUGGUGUGAUCGUAGGAUCCUGUGAGAAAUGUGAAAGUUGUGAACAAGACUUGGAAAAUUACUGCCCUGAAAUGGUAUUCACCUAUAAUGCCAAUGACAAAGAUGGGAGCAGGACUUAUGGUGGUUAUUCUGAUGUGAUUGUUGUUAACCAAAGAUUUGUGCUUAACAUACCCGACAACCUGCCUCUUGAUGCUACUGCACCCCUCUUGUGUGCUGGGAUCACAGUAUACAGUCCUAUGAAAUAUUAUGGAAUGGCAGUGAGUGGGAAGCAUUUAGGAGUUUGUGGAUUAGGCGGACUUGGUCAUGUUGCUGUUAAGUUUGGGAAAGCCUUUGGGCUUAAAGUUACCGUGAUUAGCUCCUCACCUGAUAAAGAGGAUGAAGCUCUUAACAGACUUGGCGCGGAUGGUUUCCUUGUCAGCAAGGAUGCUGCAAAGAUGAAGGGUGCAAUGGGAACUAUGGACUUCAUUCUUGACACAGUAUCUGCAGUUCAUUCGUUGCUUCCACUACUUGGAUUGCUGAAGUUGAACGGGAAGCUGAUUACUGUUGGUCUCCCAAACAAACCUCUGGAACUUCCGGUGUUCCCCUUGGUCUUCGGUAGAAAACUCGUUGGAGGAAGUGAUUUUGGUGGGCUGAAGGAAACUCAGGAGAUGCUUGAUUUCUGUGGAAAGCAUAACAUUACUGCAGAUAUAGAACUCAUCAAAAUGGACUACAUAAACACAGCUAUGGAACGCCUUGCUAAGUCGGAUGUGCGCUACCGUUUUGUUAUCGAUGUUGCUAACUCCUUACCCGCUUGCAAAAUAUAGUAGUCUCACUCAGUUCAACUUUGGCAUGGAUCAGUUGAAGUAGGCAAGUUGCAAAUCUUGAUGAACUAGGAUUUUCAGUAUUAAAUAAACUUGGAUCUUAAAAGAGGAACUGGAGUGGAUUUGACCGCUUUGUAGCUGAAUUAUUGAUGUUCGAUAUGAAUACUGCAUUAUUAUGGUCCC